AUGGCAGAACAGACAGAACAGACAGAUCACGGCCAUGAGGACGCCGACGACGACAAGCGAGAGCUCGACUUCACCACCCUCGGGAUGUUCAUAAUAGACCAAAUCCACUUCGGCCCCGCCUCCGCGCGCAAAGUAGUCGACGACAUCAUCGGCGGCGCGGGCACAUAUGCCAUCCUCGGCGCACGCCUCUUCUCCCCGCCGCCGCAAUCCCGGCGCAUCGGCUGGAUUGUGGACGCGGGACGUGACUUCCCUCCGUCACUCCUCGCACCACUCACAGCCCUAGACACGCACCUGAUCCUCCGGCGCUCCACCUCGCGACUGACAACGCGCGGCUGGAACUCCUACCCCUCCGCUUCCAGCGACACCCGCGCUUUCCACUACCUGACUCCAAAGCUGCGACUGGAAGCUAUCGACCUGAUCUCCAGCGGUCUCGUGCGCGCCCGUUGCGUACACCUGAUCUGCUCUGCCGCGCGCGCAGCAGGGCUGCGGCGUGAACUUAUCGGCGGCGGGGCCGCGGGACAGAUCGCGGUGUGGGAACCAGUGCCGGAUCUGUGCACGCCUGCGCAGCGGGCGGAGAUGCUGAGGACUGUGAGCACCAUGGAUGUGGUCAGCCCUAAUGGGGAGGAGCUGGGGGCGUUUUGGGAGGAUGAGCUGCUGUCGCAGCUGCCCGGCGGAGAGUGGGAGAGGAUGGAGGUGCUGGCAAUGAGGGUUAUGCAGGCGGGCGCCGGGGCGGUGGUGGUGAGGGCGGGGAAGUUGGGGUGUUUAGUUGUGGGCACGGAGGGGGCAGUUAGGUUACCGGCGUAUUACGAGGGGGGUGAGCGGAACCAUAGCAUGGUCGUGGAUCCGACGGGCGGUGGGAAUGCUUUUGUUGGUGGGCUCGGGAUGGGGUUGGCGAGAGGCGUGGGCAUGGUGGAGGCGGCGGCUAUGGGCACGGUCGCCGCGAGCUUUGCGAUAGAGCAGAUCGGGAUGCCGGUGCUGACGCGGGGGGUGGAUGGGGAUGAGUUGUGGAAUGGGGUGAGUGUUAGUAGGCGAUUGGAGGAGUAUCGCCAGAGGCUUGAAGCCGCGGGAAUGGGAUGGCGCAAACGAGCAAACAGCCAAUAG